AUGGGGGAAGAUCCCAGGAGUAAAGCCUUGUACAACAACCUGGGUCUUUUGUGCACGCCAGGGCCCCUGACAACCAGGAACCAGGCUGGUGACAGAUUUCAUUUGGAUGCAAAAGCUGAAGAAGAGCAGACCUUCUCUGCAAAUGGGGAUCGUGAUGAGUGGAUAGACUUCUCCAAAAUGUGCAAUUCCAACCAAGAAUAUUACUUGAAACUAGAAGAACUGAAGAAUGCCCACGUGGAGACCAUGGCGAAAUUAGAAAGUAUGUGUCGGAAUAAACUACGCUUAAAAGGAAUACAAUCCUUGGGCAAAACAGRUGCAGCUUCUAAUAUAUGUUAUAGAUCAACUUGGAAGAAGAGCUCCUAUCAGCCUCUAAUUUUGCACAGAUCCUUCUCUGAGUCUGACUUAGACGAUCCCAUAGGUUCAAAUGUAUCUGAUGAGUUUGACAGAGAAUUAAUGUUUGAAGAAAACGGUAGUGAAACUGGAUCAUCAGCGUUUGCUAAGCAACAGAUUGAAAAAAUGUGGGACGGGUUUUCUGUGGAAGACUAUGUCCCCCGCACCAAGCAGAGCCUACCGAGCUCGCCAGUGCGCCGGGCGAUGGGGAAGCAGCCCAAGGCCUGGUCCCCRAAAGUCACCGUGCCCAAGCCCUUCCAGAUGACUAUUAGGGAAGCUAGGAAGAAAGAACACAAUGUCAAAUCAAAGUCACAGCUUGAAAUGGAAAAUAACUUACUGAAGAAGCGACUCGAGGAGGAGGCAGAGUGUCAAAAAAAGUUCCGAGCCAACCCGGUGCCGGCAUCCGUUUUCCUCCCGCUCUACCGUGAAAUCGUGGAGCAAAACGAAGAACGUAGGAAAUUUGUGAAAGAGAGAAGCAGGCUGAUGCUUUUGGCUUCUCAGAAGCCAUUUAAGUUCAUUGAAAGAGAGAAGCAAAAGAAUGAAAUUAGGAAAAUGCAAUUGAAAGACCUUUCUGUGCCUGAAAAGAAAACAAAACCCUUCAAGGCAAAGCCAGUUCCUUGGUGUGUUUACAGUCCAGCUGUUAAUGASAAGUUAAAGGAGGAGGAGCUUUACAGGGACAUAAGGAUCAAAAUGAGAGCUGAGGAGCUGCUACGCAACKCAUCUCUGCCCAGCAGCAGGCUGGCUGUUAAAGAUCUUGGUAAAAAGAAGAAACACAAAUGCCUUGAACCAAAGGAAACCGAACACAAACCCAGGAUCAAGUCACAUGUUCCCAAUUUUGAAGUACUACACCAAAAAUUUCAGAAACGGCUCCUGCAACAGAAGCAAGUGAAGCACAUCACAGUCUGUGAGCCCUUUGAUCUUCGAACUCCGUAUAUUCCCUCAAACAAAGGGAAGAUUUUGAGGGACAUUCAAGAGGAUGAAGAAAAACUGAAAGAGACUCGCUGGCCAUACGCCUCUCCGAGACGUAAACCUGCAAGAGCAAAUUCACUUCGCUUAAGAUCUGGAGAAUCCAAAUCACCCAAAAUCACAGAAUCCACCAAAAGACGGCUACAGGCCAUAAGGAAUUCACUUCAGGAAAAGAGAAAACUGGAAGAAGAACAAAAACGGAACAGAACAAAGCAGAAACAAAGAGCGAGAAAACUGCAGAAAAUCAUAACAAUCCGGGCUGAGGCCAAUGACCCACAUCAGAGCCUAGCUCAGAUGUCUAAAUCCAAAUUAAAAACAUUCAGGGAUUAUGAGAAGCAGAGAAUGCAAGAAUAUUUGCAAGAAUUGCAAGAAAUGGAAGAACGAGUAAACCAAAGGCCAUUGCUUUUGGAAAGAGCCACUCAGAUUAAUGCGAGAAUCGCUGCAGAGAAGCAUUACUCUAACACCCUGAGGGAACUCGGGAUAUCCACAGAGUUUGUUUCAAGGAAAGGGCAAACAGUGAGUUUGCUAGAACACCCCAAUGCUGGAGAUUUUAAAAACCUGACUAGCUUUAAAAAAAGAUUCACCAAAGAUUUAGCCAGAGAGCGCCAAUCCCCCGAGGAAGCAGCAGGCAGCAGYCCCCGGUCUGAGCAGUCCCGCACCGAGGAGAAGGAGGAGAAGAGAAAAGUGGUCAGAGCCUCCACGCAGGAUGACCACRCCAGUGAGGAGGAGGAGGCAAGAGGCCUUCGUGCUCACGAGCUUUGCCGUGACAGGGAGGCCAGCACCAGCCCCAACUCUGACCAGGGCUGUGAAAAGGAGGAGGACAAGGAGGACGACGACGACGACGAGCAUGGGGAAAGAUCCAGCUCUCAGUCUGAGCAUCCUGGUGAGCAGGACGAGGGUCAGUCUGAUCCUGAGGCUCAGGAUGCCUUCAGAUAUGAUGAUGAGGACUAUGAAAAUGAUGAUUCAGAAGAGAAAGCCAGUGAUGAAGAUGACUGAAAGCAAGAUAGGAAGGCUGAGGCUCAAAAAUACACCUCAUUGCUGACAGUGAAGUAGAUAACAAAGAAAAACAAGGGUUUCAGAUAAUGAUAUACAUU